UUUGUCUUUUUUCUUUGCUUGUCUAACUUUUGUCCUUUUUUACAAGGGCAAAAAUAUCUAGUAUGAAAAUGAGCAAAUUUGAUCUUUGAUGAGAUGUUUCUUCAUGUUUGGGCAAUUGUUUGAGCCGAAUAUCUGAGAAACUUAGACUGUUUGACACAUGGAUGUUGAAGUUCCUUUUUUCAAUCUUCAUCUGUGUAUAUACUUGUGCAUAGAUACAUAUAACUGUAUGCAUGUAUAGUGCAUAUGAUGUGUGUGUGUGUGUGUGUGUGAUUACUCUGUAAGAUUAGAUAUGCGAGAAUAACUGGAAAACAGUAAUACUGUCAAAUAGUAUAUUAGUAUAUGCAAGCAUAUAUGUAUGUAAAGGCGUGCUAUACUUCAUUUUCUAGAUAUUGCUUUCAGUUUCAUCUGUUACACAUGCUUUUAUAUAUCAGUGUAUAUCUAAAAAGUUAAAACUGGAGAGUUAGUCCUCUGUCUAAUUAUGCUCUUGAGGCAGGCAUUGCUUGAAUUAUCUGGCUUCUUAGUGGGUAGGGCUUUUCAGAUUAAUCCUAAGUUUUGAACAAAGGAACUUUCUCUGUGGAAUUCAUUUUGACAAAGCAGGUUUCUUUGCUCCAAACAUAGCCUAAAGUGAGAGAUAUAGUCUACUUUUGGGCUUCUGGUCAAGUUUGAGAAUGUUGCGAAUGUUGCUUUGGCAAACAAUAUUUUUAGUUCAAAGAUGCAUCUUUAUUUGCCUCCCAGUUGUUUGAUAAAUGCUUGUUUUUCAAAAGGAAAACGGGGGAAAAGAGUCUCCAAAAGAUCAGAGUCCUUCAGAAAAACAGGGGAGGGAUGAUAGUAAGUUACCGUCAAAUCCCAAAGAAGUAGAAGAUCUACGGCGUGACACAGCUGCAAAUCCUUUGAUUGCCUUCACAUUCGAUGAAUUAAAAAUAAUAACUGGAAAUUUUAGACAAGACCGGGUGCUUGGUGGGGGAGGAUUUGGAAGUGUCUAUAAAGGAUUCAUUUCUGAGGAUUUGAGAGAAGGACUUCAGCCCCUUCAGGUUGCUGUUAAGGUUCAUGAUGGCGAUAACAGCUAUCAAGGCCACAGAGAAUGGCUGGCAGAAGUGAUAUUCCUGGGGCAGCUUUCUCAUCCAAAUUUAGUGAAACUGAUUGGAUACUGCUGUGAAGAUGAUCAUCGGGUUCUUAUAUAUGAGUACAUGGCUCGUGGCAGUGUGGAGAACAAUCUAUUUUCCAGAGUAUUGCUUCCUCUUCCAUGGUUUGUCAGAAUGAAGAUUGCAUUUGGUGCUGCUAAAGGACUCGCAUUUCUUCACGAAGCUGAAAAGCCUGUGAUUUAUCGUGAUUUUAAGACGUCUAAUAUUCUGUUAGACCUGGACUACAAUGCAAAACUUUCCGACUUUGGCCUUGCAAAAGAUGGACCAGUUGGAGACAAAUCUCAUGUUUCCACUCGCAUAAUGGGGACAUAUGGAUAUGCAGCACCAGAGUACAUAAUGACAGGUCAUCUGACACCAAGAAGUGAUGUAUACAGUUUCGGGGUCGUUCUUCUUGAACUGCUAACAGGAAGGAAAUCAUUGGAUAAGUCACGGCCAGCACGAGAACAGAAUCUGACGGAUUGGGCUCUGCCAUUGCUCAAGGAGAAGAAGAAAUUGCUGAACGUCAUCGAUCCAAGACUAGAAGGAGAUUAUCCUGUCAAAGGACUACACAAGGCUGCAAUGCUAGCUUAUCAUUGCUUAAACCGGAAUCCAAAAGCAAGGCCUCUGAUGCGAGAUAUAGUAGAUUCCCUGGAGCCACUUCAGGUUGCCGAUGAGGUUUCAACUGAAAAACCUGUGUUAACACUGAUUCAUGAGGUACCGAAAACUGAGUUUAAAAUAAAAGAAGAUCCCACAUUGUAACUGAGAUGGUUUUUGUUUUUCUUUCUUGUAGAUUAUCUAGCUUUUGUCAUGACUAGAGCUAAAAGAAGAAAUUCCUUUUCUGUGUGGUUUUUACAAUAAAGAUAUGGUUUUUUUUUUUUGU